GUCUGAGCAGGCGGGGGGGGAGCGGAGGAGCCGAAACCACCGCGCAGAACCCAGACUCCUCGUCACUGACCCGGCCAAGGUUGAUGUCAUUCUGACGAGCAGCUGAGAUGUCCAAUGACAGCCAGGCAUCAGUGAAGGGGGAGGCAACCAUAAUUCUGUCUCCCUCUGGCUCCACCUCCUCAGAGGGACCGCCCCUGUCUCCGUCCACAACGUCCAAACCACCUGAGCUGCCAGAUGAGCUGGUCCAGGCUGGAUGGUCUAAGUGUUGGUCUAGGAGGGAGAACCGACCCUAUUAUUUUAACCGGUUCACCAAUCAGAGCCUGUGGGAGGUGCCGGUGCUCGGUCAGCAUGACGUCAUUUCCGAUCCUUUAGGUCUGAAUGCAGCUCCAGCAGAAGCUGGGGACAGUAACCAUGGUAAUGGUCAGAGGAAGAGGAGGAGCUCUGAGGAGCAGGGGGCGGGGCCCAACAGCGUGAAACGAGCUAAGGUGGAGCCCACCACGCCCAUCUCUCCCAGCACCCCCGGGCUCAAACCCUGGAGCUCCGCCCCUGAGGACAAACCGGCCCAAUCAGCUACACCUGCAACUCAGAGUCUUGCCCCCGCCCCCUACAGACCAGCCGUGAUCUACUGGGAUCUGGACAUCCAAACCAACGCUGUGAUCAGAGAGCACCCCUCGGCCAAUCACCUGCCGCCUCAUCCUGAGAUCGAGCUGCAGCGAGCUCAGCUGGUCACCAAGCUGAGACAACACUACCACGAGCUGUGUCACCAGAGAGAAGGUAUUGAUCCUCCUCGCGAGUCGUUUAAUCGUUGGCUCCUGGAGAGGAAAACCAUUGACAAAGGUCAUGACCCUUUACUGCCGAGUGACUGUGACCCCAUCAUCUCCCCGUCCAUGUUCAGAGAGGUCAUGAACGACAUCCCCAUCAGGUUGUCUCGUAUUAAGUACAAAGAGGAAGCUCGCAAGCUGCUGUUCAAAUACGCUGAAGCUGCCAAGAAGAUGAUCGACUCUAGGAAUGCGAGUCCAGAGAGCAGGAAGGUGGUGAAGUGGAACGCUGAAGACACCAUGAGCUGGCUGCGUCGAGAUCACUCCGCCAGCAAAGAGGACUACAUGGAUCGUCUGGAACACCUGAGGCAGCAGUGUGGUCCUCACGUCACCGCCGUCGCCAAAGACUCCGUGGAAGGAAUUUGCUCUAAGAUCUAUCAGCUGUCUGCAGAGUACAGCCGCCGCCUGAGACACAUACACCUGACUCUGCUGCAGGAGCCCCCUACAGAGGCGUGUGCGUCCCCUCAGCAGUCGCGGCUCGUCUACUGUUACCCUGUGCGUCUGGCAAUGGCCUCGCCGCCGCUCCCCCGGGUGGAACUGCACUUUGAAAACGACGUGGCGUGUUUGCGUUUCAGGGGAGAGAUGGUCAAGGUCAACAGAGGUCACUUCAGCAAACUGGAGCUGUUGUACAGGUACAGCUGUAUUGACGAUCCUCGCUUUGAGAGGUUUCUGUCCAGAGUCUGGUGCCUCCUGAAGAGAUACCAGGAGAUGUUUGGCAGCGGUGCUAAUGAGGGGACAGGCCUGCAGGGGGCACUGCCGGUGGCAGUGUUUGAAGCCUUGCACCGACAGUUUGGUGUUUCCUUCGAGUGCUUCGCCUCGCCGCUCAACUGCUACUUCAAACAGUUCUCCUCGGCUUUCCCCGAUAUUGACGGCUUCUUUGGAUCUAGAGGGCCCUUCCUGUCCUUCUCUCCAGUCAGUGGCUCGUUUGAAGCCAACCCUCCGUUCUGUGAAGAGAUGAUGGAAGCAAUGGUGACCCACUUCGAGGGCCUUCUGGAUCAGUCCUCGGAGCCUCUGUCCUUCAUCGUCUUUGUUCCUGAGUGGCGUGACCCCGUGACCCCGGCUCUGACUCGCAUGGAAGGAAGUCGAUUCCUCCGUCAUCAGCUGAGUGUCCCGGCCUACGAGCACGAGUAUCGAUCCGGGGGUCAGCACAUCUGCAAUAGGGACGAGAUGUCCUACAGGGCGGUCCACGGUACUGCGGUUCUCUUCCUUCAGAAUAACGCAGGUUUUGUGAAGUGGGCUCCGACUCCAGAGCGUCUGGCGGAGCUGACGAAGGCGUACCGCCCCUCCUCCGCUCGCCCCUCCUCCCUGUCUUCUCCUGGCCCUGCCAACGUUGCUCCAGGAGACAAAGACUCCACCCCCAAGGCCUCUGAUAGGACGCAGAGCAGUGUGAUGUCACCAGGGAGCCAUGACAACAACAACAACAACAACAACAACGACAACAGCAGCAGCAGUAGCAGCAGUAGUCCUCAGGACAAGAUGGCUGCCGUGUAGAGGGGCGGGGCUUGUAGUGUAGUGUAGUCCUGGCCCCUCUCCUUGUUGUUUGUUCAGAUUGUCCCUCACCAGCACCUGUAGCUCACCCUCAGCUUCUCUCAACAUACCCAUCAUGCAGUUCUGUGGCGGCUGCCAGCCGGGGGCAAAGAGCCACGCCCAUACCUUAACCUUUAAUUGUACCGUUGACCCACCAUCAUCCCUGUGGUCUGUUUCAUCCCUGUCCACUCCAGCUGUUCUGAUUGGUCGAGGCUGAUAUCACAGAAUCUGGAGCUUUGGGCUCCAGUCGGGACAUGGUGCCGUAGGAAGGCAACCAAUGAGAGCAGAGUUCGAUUAGUGAGCAGCGACGUGUUUGAACUCCAGCAGAAAAACCUCUUCAUUCACCUGUGAUGUCAUCUGUGUUGUCACUUCUCCUCUGGGCCAGAGGACUUCUCAUUGGUCCCCUCACCGACUGGGCUUGGUGAUUGGUUGACAAGGCAGCUAUCGUUUCUAUUGGACAGAAUCCAGCAGCGUCCCACUUCAGGCCCUGCCUCCUCGUGAUCUUCUUGCCAAUCAGUGCCAGGGUGCAUUGUGGGAGACUGAGUAUUCAGCUGGCAGGAGCAACCAGAGUGAGGUCGUACUAGCUGGCAGAAGGAGGCGGAGUCAGAACUGGGAUUCGGCUGGUCGGUGAGGGCGCUGAGAGACGGACGCUACCUUCCUGCCUCGUCAGAGGUCCCACCACUUCCUGAGGGAGUGUGGGACAGCUCCUCUGAUUGGCUGAUGGGCGGUCCGAUCCGACGUCUGUCACCGUGUAGAUACUGUACAGUGAAACUGUUUAUGUUCUUUUCCUUGUCUGUUUUUUUUAAUUUAAUUUAAGGUUUUUUAAAGAGAUUAACUGUUUCCUGUUUGACAAAGUUCUGAUCCAAAGUGAAGAAGAAAAAGUUUGUGUGUAAAAGGAAACGUGUUUGAGCGACGGCUACGCUGAACAGUGACGCCCACGUCAAACAGGAAAUGCUUCCGCAUAUUUUUAUAUACGUCUUUUUGUCCUUGGUGCAUGAAUCUUUGGACUCCGAAUGACGCUUGAUCCUGAAUGUUUCCUCCCAGUCUCUGACGGCGCGGUCCUCUAAGCUAAGCUGACUGAGAAGCUAGGCUAACGUUGGACUGUGGACAUCAUAAUGAUGAAAACAAACUGGAGACAUUUUCUUGUAACUAAUGAAUUAAUUGGAUCAAAAAUAUUAACGCUCUUGUAAUUUUGAGAUAAAAUCCUGUGACGAACUUUGA